UAAAAAGUGACAAAAUAUUACUAAAGUUGUAUCACUUUCAGUUUAUAUGAAUCCCCCCAAAAAAGAGAUUUGUGUUGCUAAUUUUAUUUAAGGCAGACAUCUUUAAUCUAUGUUCAAAGGGUCAUUGUGUAUUUAUUUUGAAAUAAUAAAGUGUUGCAGUGUAUCAUGAGUUUGUGUAAAUUUAAGGCCAUGUGUUGCUUUGUGACACCAAAGAAAUUUAGUUUUUAUUGUAAGUAAAUUCUUGUUUGUAAUUAUUAUUUAAAAACACCAACCUGCUUUGUGGUUUCUGUCUUUAUAUUUUAAUAUUUUUAUUUGUCUUAUUUGUUAUGUUUAGAUUUGGAUAUGCAACAUUUAGUUCAUCGAAUGGAAUUUUUGGAAGUUUUACAAAACCCGUGAAACUGCUUUAUCUCUGAAUUAUCAUUGAUCUUGCCAUCCUUUUGCCAUUAUUUUGCUAAACAAAGAUUGUAUUGUAAUUGUAUCAGAUGGUAAUGCAGAUUUUGGUUUUCUACUGUGUUACUGUAUGUUUACUAGAGAUAUCAUGCUAUUUACAUUAUAGGUAAACAUAGGCCAAUAUUAAAACAGGAUUUUUUUGAUGCAAUGAACCCUCAGAUAUAAUUUUGUUUUUGCGUGGGAUCCCCUUCCUAAACUACAUUUUGAGUGGAAAAAACGUUAGAUGUGUAAACCUAAAGCUGAUUCUAAUUUAUUUACAUAGCUUUUUGAGGAGUGGUAAGAAUUUAUUUAUAUAGCAAUUCCUAGUGCUUAUAGGGAAAAGCAAGGAUUUGUAAUUAUCAAAGUACCAAGUAAAUGUCCGAAACAAACCAUUUAUUUCAUAAUAAACAACACUGGUUUUAGCUGAGGAUUCUUUGUGUCUCCCUGGAUGAUUUGACAAUGCUGUAUGGAAUGUUGAGAUAUUCAGUUGUAUUACAAGUCAAUUGCAUUUUACAUAUUACUUGUUAAUAUUUUAGAUAAAACUACACAUAAUGUAAUUGGUUUCAAUGCAGAUUACAAUAGAUCUGCAGUGCAAUCAUUUACAUUUUAGCCAUUACAUGUCAUGAUAAUGAUGAUUUUGUUAACAGCUUCUCAAACAUUUAGUAAUAUUAAAAAUGAUUUGUCAUUUAUUAAUAUAAGGUCUACAAUAUAAGGAACUAAGUUCAAACCAGUAAAUAACAAAACAGUCAUCACGGCUCAGAAACUUCAUGGAUUUUUUCAUAAUCCUAUUGUAAAUUUGAAAAGGGAUCAUGCAACUUCUAUAAAAUUAUUUUUAUGCAGCACUCAAAAUCAACUCGCUAAUGUAAAAAUGUGUGGGAAUCCAAAAUUCGAAACGACAACAAAAUCAAAACGCACCUGAAAAUGUAAACUUUAAUAAUUUUCUAAACAACAGGGGCCGUUGUGUUUUUAUACCUUACAGAAGACAUAGAAUUUAUCUGUAUUGGGAGUCUAAACGAUGGGCGGAGCAAAGAUGGUUGCAUUCCAUAACAUUUCUUGUCAACAAGUGACGUUUUUUGAAGGGCGGGGCAAAUUUGGUGGCCUUUUGGUGAACUCUGUGAUUUUAGACAGGGGCAGGGGCUAGAAAAAUGUUGAUUAUGUCUUGCUGGACCAACCCUGGCCCGCAGGAGAAGUCUGACCGAACGAUGACCCAGUGAUACUGUUCAAAAGUUCAGAAAAUGUCACAUUGACUAGACAUGUCCCUGCAUUCCCUACAAAAAAUAUCAGUUUGAAAGACAUACUGGAUAUCCCCUUAAAUCUGUAGGAAAAUCUGUGAUACUGUACACAUGAACUGUAGUUCAACUUUUUUUGCCGUUAUUCUUUCAAGAAAUGACCGAAUUUUGACCUUUUGUGAGCAAGUGACAUAUUCAUCUAGACUUUAAAAAUACAUUGCAGAGAGAGAGCGUAAAACCAUUUAGUGUGCUUUUUCAUGCUGGUAUUAUCGCUGAGCUUUAUUAAAAAUUUAGACAAAAAAGAAUAUUCAACAGUGUUAGAGGAUGCUUUUAAGAGUUGUACAUCAAGUAUGUGUCACUCUCUUCAUUUUUUUUUUUUUAAUAAUACAUACGGUGAGAUCUGUGCGAUUUAUUGAAAGUGUGAUGGCAUGCGUGUACAAUGGUUGCAUUUGUAUCUUUCAUAAUAAUGGAUGGAACAUGCAUUUAAAUGAACGUCUGCCUUUCUGUCUGUCUUUCUGUCCAUCUGCUUGUCUUGUAGUAUGAUUUACAUCAAACAAAUGUAUACAAAUUAACUAUCUUAUAAAGUAGUGUCAAAUUCCCGUGAGAUCACGCUGGAUAGUUCAUUUAUAAAUUCCAAAACCUGGUUGCAUUCAUAAUAGCAAAUUAAAAUGCGUAGAUAAUCAGGGACAAAUCACUGUCAUUGCUACAUAAAAAACAUAAACAAAAAAACAAAUGGUUUAUCUAAAGUGCAAACCUCUCCUGCCCCCAGUGCACUCACUUUAGUUUAGUGUUCGCCCCCAAAUUCGUGAACCUGACGGCCCCUCGGUAUCCCAUCAUCCCUGUGGGUGCUGGGAUUACUGCCCCAUCUGUGUCACCAACAGAGAGCCACGCUAAGCCGCCGGGCCCUCUGCUGAGCAAGGCAUUUAGAUUGUUAACCCUAAUUAACUUGAUGUGGCAUUCAGAGGAGAAACUGUGAAAAUCAAACACAUGGCAUGACCUAGUGCCCCGCCGCUGAACCGAGUGCAGAUUGGAGUGGGAGAGGGUGGAGACAGUGGCUUCCCAAAAACAGAACGCAUAAAACGUGUAAAAAGAGAGGCUAACGUGUCAAUGUGAGUGGCUAAAAAGGUCUGUUCUCAUAAUAAAUUUUAAACAAUUUAAAUAGUUUAAAUGCUGUACAUAUUAUAUAAAAUAUACACAUUUUAUAUGAAGCUAGAUUAGUCUUAAACGAGUGCUAAAUUAAAAUAUGUUGAUAACUUCAAAUCUUAUUGGUUCUCAUGUGUGCCAUACCAUAUUAUAGUACAGACACACAAGACUGACUUUUAAACCUGUCACCAUAUUUGAAAUUGGAAUGACAUGAGUGUUGGGAAAUUAUCAGAAUUUGCAUUUUUGAGUGAACUUUCCCUUUAUGUUGAGUUCACAUGAACAAAUGUGCUGGGGUGUGGCUGCUAUGGUCAUUUGAGUGGUUUGUAAUGCAUUGGUCUACAAUUACUAAGAUGUUGCUUUGCAGGUCAUUUCUAGGCACUUGCUAAGGUGUUCUAAAAGGCUGUUUACACAAAACCGUAUUCAUUUAAAGACGGAAAACUUUUUAUGUGUUUCGCUGUUCAUCUACACGACAACAGCGUUUUGGGGGACUGAAAAAUCAAACUUUUGAAAACAGGUCUGAAAGUGCAAGCUUUUGAAAACGACAGUUUUAUCGUGUCCGUGUAAACUCUGAUGCGGUGUUUUCCAAUACCGUUGACGUCAUUAGCAUUCGUAUUACGCAUUCACUCUGUAGGCAUGCGCGAGUAUUCCCAAAACAAUAAUGGUGGCUUCCAUGCUGCAUGUUUGUGCAGCGUAACACAUUUAUUUCUUCAGCAAAAAGUAGAUUAAGGCCCGAUUCACAUUUCGCGUCUUUUCCGCGCGCAUAUUUGUUAUUUUAAAUGUAUUCGCUUGGCAGGCGCGUGCAAAUAGGGGGCAAAGCAGUCGCGACACGCAUGUGGUGCACCGCGCACAUUUUUCAAGGUGUGUCGGCGCCGCAUCGAGAUGGCAAUAGUGAAGUGAAAGUGAAGUGAAAGUGACCUAUUAGUCAGAUAUGGUGACCCAUACCCGAAAUGUGACCUCUGCAUUUAACCCAUCCAGAGAGUAGUGAACACACGCACAGCAAGUGGUGAACACACGUACACCCGGAGCAGUGGGCAGCUAUCACUGCAGCGCCCGGGGAGCAAGUAGGGGUAAGGUAAGGUGCCUUGCUCAAGGGCACCUCAGUCGCUACCCUCCGGCUCUGGGAAUCGAACCCACAACCUUCUGGUCAUGAGUCUGACUCUCUAACCAUUAGGCCACGACUGCCCUUCAACAGUUCAACAUCUUGGAGCGCCGUGCGCACCGCGUGCCAUUUGAAUAGAGAAAGAGGCGCGGCUCGUGUUUUCCGCGCGGUUUUAGACAGGAACUGUGAAUUUGGCAAACUAUAAACACUAGGGAUGUAACGAUUCACUUAGCUCACGAUGCGAUGCGGUUCACGAUUCUGAUCUCACGAUGCGAUUUAUUCACGAUUUAUUUUGAAAAAAUGAGUUGAAACAAAUUAGAAAUGAACAACGUCCCUUGCAUUAUUUCUUAAAUGCUUCACGUUUCUUUGUAUGAUAAAAUAAUGUUUUAUUUCAAAUAACAAAACUUUCUUUGUAUGAUAAAAUAAUGUUUUAUUUCAAAUAACAAAACUAAACUGCAAUUUUAUAACAAAUUAAUAAUAGAAAAAGUCUCUUUAAUAUAAACAAACUAAUACUGUCUGUGCUUUUCUUGGAUUUUUUUGCAUUUAAGAAAUAUCAGCAUCCACGUUUAGGUUUGCAGUGAAAAUAGCGGCCCCUGCUGUUCAAAAAAUGUAUUGCGAUUCAGUUCAAGCCUCAACCGAUUUGAAUCGUCGCUCAUUAUAACCGAUUUUCAACCGGCUCACGGUGAAUCGUUACAUCCCUAAUAAACACACAUACACGCCUACAAAGUGAAUUGAAAGUGGUUUUUAGCUUAAAACAGGGUAUGCAUAUGUGCACAGGCACAUAGUUUUUCUUUAUAGCGCAACAUCGCCAUCCAAUGGCCUGGCAUGCAUGACGCCCCGUUCAGACCUCCAGCGACACCCAGCGACAAAGCGACGCAAUGCCAUUCAUUUCAAUGGUAGCCUAGCGACACCCAGCGACUCGACAAAAUUGAGAUUUGCUCAACUUUAUGCAAAUGAUGACUGACUUUCUGUUACUGCAGGGUUUGUUUAUAAAUGUUUCUAGGACAACCAAGGCUAGGAAAGCCUUCUAAUGACCACGUAGCGAGAGACUGGCGACACAGUCGCUGGCGGUCUGAACGCAGAGUAAUACAGCGUUUUUAUUAGUUUUCCCAGAUCCAUAAAAAUGCAAAUCGUUUUGAUAGCAUUAUCAAAACAAUCUGCAUGUCGUGUAUACGUGAAACUUUUCAAAAACGCAAAGGAAAAACUUCAGUUCCCUUUCCGUCGGUCUCUCGACUUUGUGUCGAACUGACAGAUGGGGUUUAGCUUGAACCUAUCAUCUGACUAGAUUUGAAAAGGCCAAUGAAAUUUGCAUGCAGGACUCCACACCGGAUAUCCGGGUAUAAAAGGGAGAUGGCGUGCUGCAUUCAUUCACCUUUUGUUCUCCGGAGCCUUCGAUCUUAUGAUCAAAAAAUCGGAUCUACUGAUCUUCAAAGACUGCUGGAAUCUUACGACGUGGUGCAGCGGACUGUCCCUUCCUGCAGCGACUUCCCCUGGGCGUCUCGGCAGUUCCAGAGGUGUUUUCUUUAUCUAAAAGAGCAAAUUUCUCCAGCGCGGCAUGUCCCACUGCUCUCUUGGGUGCAACACAAUCAACACACUAACUGGACCUAGUGCCCCACACGUAGUAACCCCCCCAACAGGGUGGUUCCGUCUGAUGUAUUUUCAUGGUAUGGUUUCCAGGCUGGUAACCCAAUGACCUCCCCUAGGUGGGCCACCACCUCUUGCGGUACUCCCUUACAGUCCGCACAUUCCUCCCAUGAGUUCUCCCCUGCCGGCGAGACCAUGUUGGUGUCUCCACUGAAUUCCUCCCUACGGUAGAAAGUGGCUUCCGUAGCGUGUUUUCUCAGUGAGGAAAUAGCGCUUCCCCAGUGGCCCUUACGGUGCCAGACGGCUUCUCGCCGUUAGAGAACUAAGGCCUGCGCUCGUGACAGCCGGUGGCAGGGGCUUCCCACCUUUUUCAAAAGCUCUGAGACCCCCUACCUCUCCACUGGAUGGUUAUAAUUUUGCACUAGCGCUCACGUCUGACACGGCCAGGCCAGUCAGCGUCACUUCGCUAUAGAUUGUGACGCGGCACAGCGCCGUGGCAUUUUCGAUAGAAACCCCAUCUGUCGGUUCGACACAACGUCGAGUCUUGGUUACGGAUGUAACCUCUGUUCCCUGAUGGAGGGAACGAGGCGUUGUGUCCUUCAUGCCACAACGCUUGCAUCCUUCAUGCCACAAUGCUUGCCGCCCGCUGCAGCAGUGGAGAAAUGCUCCCUGCUCCUCAGCCCAAAAGGUGAAUGAAUGCAGCACGCCGUCUCCCUUUCACACCUGGAUAUCCAGGGCGGAGUCCGGCAUGCAAUUUCAUUGGCCUUUUCAAAGCAAGUCAUAAGAUGAUAGGUUCUCAAGUCAAAACCCAUCUGGCGGUUCGACACAACGUCUCGUUCCCUCCAUCAGGGAACAGAGGUUACAUCCGUAACCAAGACGUUUUUCAUUGUGUAAAUUAGGGGUGUAACGAUUCUCGGUAAAACAUCGAACCGUUCGGUUCUCCUUCCACGGUUCGGAACGCACGUGCACCGCGAUUACUCUGAUGUCGCAUCUAUAAUACAGUUUUGUGGGGAAAAGGCGCAUAAAUCACAGAGGGCUGCGUAUAUGCUUCCGAUGAAUAAUAGCCUACGCUCCACGUGCGUUUUACGUGAGAGUAUCUUACCAAUCAGCUGUUAGUAUGUACCUUUGUUGCUGACGUCACAUCACCGUUCCUCGCGUGUACAGCUGCUGUUCAGCAUGGCAAGCGAAGGGGAUAAGCCGCAAAUAGAGCCUCCUCCAGCUUCAUACAAGUCUGCUGUCUGGGAACACUUUGGGUUUCCAAUACGUUACAGCAGCGAUGGUCACAAAAACGUGGACAAAACAGUCACAGUGUGUAAAAUUUGUAUGACGCGAGUGCCAUACUCCCAAGGCAAUACAACUAAUAUGACCGGACAUUUACGCCGUCAUCACCCGCGUGUUGACAGCUCUCGAGCGCAGGUGAGACCGAAGCAGUUUCAGCAGCACACACUGCCUUCUGCGUUUAAACAGCCACUAAGCUCUCAUUCUGACAAACACAAGACCAUAACAAAAGCGCUUGGUGUUUUUAUUGCAAAAGACAUACAGCCAUACUCCGUCGUUGAUGAUGCGGGAUUCCAGCAUUUGAUUAAGACGCUUGAACCGCGUUACGAAAUCCCUUCGCGUGCCCAUUUCAGCAGCAAGAUUAUUCCUGAGUUGUAUGAUGAAACGCGGAGCAAAAUUGAAAACAAACUGGCAAACGCAAAACAUGUAGCUUUGACAACUGAUAGCUGGACCUCCAGGGCAACUGAAAGCUACUUGACAGUUACUGCACAUUAUAUUUCGGACUGGCAAUUGGAGAGCGCUGUGUUACAAACAUGCCCUCUUUUUGAAAACCACACAAGUAGUCAUUUGGCUGAUGCACUCAUGAGCGCAGUGACAGACUGGAAGUUAGAGAGGCCUAAUAUCACCAUUCCAGUCACUACAGAUAAUGCACGUAAUAUGGUGAAUGCCAUUAAAGAAGCAGCAGGACUAGGACCGCAAAUUGGAUGUUUUGCGCAUAUUCUGAACCUUGCAGCAAAGAAGGCAGUAGCACUUCAACAGACAAGCCGUCUGUUAGGUAAAGUCAGAAAAGUUGUAGCAUUUUUUCAUAAAAGCACAACAGCAGCUAAUGCCCUGAAAGUCAAGCAGGAGAUGUUGAAUAUACCUGCACACAAACUAAUACAUGACACCCCAACUCGCUGGAACACCAUUUAUGACAUGAUGGAGAGAUAUCUGGAGCAGCAGCCUGCCAUCUACUCUGCCCUGAUGGACAAAAAUAUUAAGAAGAACGUCAAGGACAUUGCUGUGUUGUCUGACAGUGAACUGACACUGGCAGAGGAAAUGAUUCAACUGCUUAAACCCCUUAAGACAACCACCACUCUCUUAAGCACAGAAACAGCUCCCUCUCUCUCAAUGGUCCUCCCUCUAAAGACAAUGAUACUAAAAUCAAUGGAUCCUGCAGAUCAUGACAGUCCUGCCAUAAAAGAUGCCAAGGCAGCCAUCAGUGAGGACUUAAAAAGCAGAUACACAGAUCCUGACCUUCAGGACUAUCUCAACAGAGCAUCAUUCCUUGAUCCAAGGUUUAAGUCUUUACCUAACCUGGAUGCAGCCUUAUGCUUAAAUGUUUGCAGUGGGGUCAUCAGGGAGAUCAUUGAACAACAGGGUCAGCCUGUUGCAGCAGAAGCUGGGCCAUCCGGAAGCCAGAAUCCCCCUGAAUCCCCACCCGUAAAGAAGUCUGCAAUGUCCGAGCUUUUUGGAGAUUUUUUUAGAGCACCUGACAAGACAAAGACUUUUGACAACAUUGUAGAGGAGGAAGUAAUGUCAUACAAAGCAGAAGAUUCCAUUGACACAGAUGCAUAUCCACUCGCAUGGUGGGAGCUGCAUGAGAGCAAGUACCCUCAUGUUGCAAAACUUGCAAAACAAUACCUUUGUGUCUGUGCAACAUCAGUGCCAAGCGAGAGAGUGUUCUCCACUGCAGGAGACAUUGUUUCUGCAAGCAGAUCUCGACUUGCAACGGAAAAUGUUAACAAACUGAUCUUCUUGCAAAAAAACAUGAAGAUCUAAAUUGACUAAAAUAAAGAAUAAAGAGUGACCCAGUGUUCUGACCUUCCAAAUAUUUUAUGUUUUGGUUUUGAAAUGCAUUUAUGUUAGUAGCCUACUUGAAGCACAAUAAUGCACAUGUUCUUAAGUUAGAAGGUUGACUUUUGCAGGGGUAAGAAACUGCAUCAUUUUUUGUUUUGUAAAGAAACCUGUUUUUGACAGAAGAUUUAAGUGUUUGUUACCUAAUAAAUACAUAAAAAUUAUUGAAUUUGACAGUAGCCAUUUUUUCUUGAACACACCGAACCGAACCGAAACCGUGACCCUAAAACCGCAAUUCAAACCGAACCGUGAGUACUCUGAACCGUUACACCCCUAGUGUAAAUGUACUCUUAAGUGUUUCUACUGGGUUGCUGUGCAGAUACUAAGUUAACAAUAAUGCAGUGAAACAGGUGGUCAUUAGCCAUACAUAAUGACUAUACAAUCCCAAACACAACCCACUACUACCCCCUCCCCAAACACAACUCCCGUCCCCUCAGAAGUCUCUCUUUUGACCCAGUCAUUUAGCUGCUUUGGCCAUUGAAAACUUUCGCACCCUGUGGAUUCAGACUGCAUUAUGUGAGCCUCUUUCAGUCUUUUCUAUGCACCAUAAAUGCUCCUCUACAAACCUCUGUGAUUUCUUGUUAACUUCUUAAUGAGGAUUAUUUUUUUGCCAUCCUUUUUAACUAACAUAACAUGAUUUCUUGUGAUAAGAUUUUUUUAUUCUUUUAAUCAUUGUUUCUUGUUUAUCCUGCAUUUUGUAUUAUUACAUUUAAAUUAAAUAUUACAAACGUAUUAUUAUUAUUAUCAAAAACAAAUUAUAACCAAUGACAAUUUAUAAGAAUAA